AUGGAAGCCUUCUCAGAGGAGCAAAACAGUGCUUCUGGUUCGAACAUGAACAACACUGAUCAGCAUGCGACGAGUUCAGAGCCCGGAUCAAACUCACAAUCCAGCGACGGCCAGACUGCCGCGACGACGUCAACGCGCUUGCCAAGCAAGGCAGAGAUCGGUCUCAUGACCCUCGACGAAUUGCGAACGCGCACAAUACGAGCCCUUCAUGCGUCUGGACGCGAUGACGAGGAGACUCGACUCAAGACACUGUCACAAGCCGACCUGACAAAAGAGCUGAAUAAGUUGUAUGCCGAAGCAGAACUGCUGGCCUGCUGGCACGCCGGCGAGGUUAAACAUUGGCCACUUGGCAAAUUGCGAUUCGAGCUUGGCAUCCGUACGACUGAUGCGCUGCCCAAGAACAAGGCUACCCUUGUCAAACGCUUGCAGCGACUCAUCAACGACGAUCGCGCCUUACAGCCCAGGCAAACGAAUGCGCUGUCUUUGCCUGCAGAGCUCAUCCUCAAAGUGGCCUGGCAGCUCGAUUUCGAGGAGUUCAGAGAAGUCAUGAACAUAGAAGCAGUCUGUCGCUUCUGGCGGGCUGUGCUCUUCUCAGAGCAGUCCUGGUGGGCGGCGAUUGCUAGCAGAGCUCAUGAAUGGGAUAGAAUCUGUCACGCAUCCAUCGGCACUCUCUUCCGACAACCUCGCCCCAAAACAUUUGCCCGACAACCUCGACUCAGAGCAGUCCGACUGCUCAAUCGUCAAUGUUACACCUGUUCCCUCGAUAUCUUCAGCCUGAGUCCACAGGAGCUCGCCAAAUAUGACCACUCUGCUAACACGCCCUGUGACGAAUGCGAGGAACAGCUCGAUGAGCGUUGGCAAAACCUCCAAAAAACGCUGCGCAUAGCAGCUCUUGGUGACAAGCACGUCCAGCUGGCAGAGACCUCUCGGCGCUCUGAGCUGAGAAGACGAGUUUAUCAACGCCACACGUACCGGGUUUCGCAAAUCCAGUCGUGCAGUCCUCUCUGUGAGGUGUUCGAAGAUACAUGCAACAUGAGCAAGAUCCCGUUCUGUCCGGACAUGCGGCCUCCGUGGCUCAUCAGUUCGAUGGUCCCCUCUUUGGAAGCAUUUUAUGCGGAGAAAAACCACGAGAUCGCCCAGAACCUCUUGAAGGAGUUCGAGGAUAAGGCAAAGUCGGUCCAAGAAUGUACGAGGAGGAUGCAGACGCUCGCUGCCGCGGCUCAUAACGCGAAGAACGGGGCCGAUCGAUACGCGCCCUUUGAAUGGGGCAACUCGCAAGCGCGGGCCUAUAAGCCGUCAGAUCUAGUGUGGCAGGAAAUCGAGCGUCAUUCGGCUCUUCAGUUGGACGAAAAGGCGGAGCCCCGGUCGCUCGUGGUCAGAGAGCUCGUUGUACCGGCUGGCCCCACCCUCUUCCGAAGAUUCGCGCACGACCGCUACAACACACUCUACGAUAUCUGCGCAGCUACCCGAUCCACCAGACAGAUGUUCGGAUUGGUCUUCAAGCAUACCUUUUUCUACGAAGAUGUUGCGAAUCGUCAUCUGGGCAAUUACAUCGCUAUGCUUCGGCAGAAGGAUACCGAGCUCGGCCCUGUCAUAGCUUCAGGCAAAUGCGCCGGCGACGGCUGUCGGGCCGACCCUGAUCCGGACUGUAGCACACACGCUUGCGAGCGUCACUGCUCUAACUUUGCGACCGGCGUAUGGUCUACUAGCUCUAGCAAGCUGCGCUGUUUCAAUCCGUCGCACAAGCCGACCCCGGGUCGCGCGAAGCAAAUUCAGAGCUGGCUGGACUUGGAGGAAGCUUCGAUGGAGUCGACUCUCGAGAGCUUAUCGACCACAAAGCGCGCCUGA